AUGCAAGUGCAUUUAGCCCCGCUAAACUCGGUGACUGUGGGGUCGCAGCCGUGGCGCAAUGAUCCGGUGCGCUCCAUCCUGCGGGCGGGGCACCUGGCAUGCCAGACCCGCGCCGGGCGCUCCAGGACCACCGGCCGCCCUCGGAGCUCCGCCGCCGCCUCCGCUGCUGCGUCACCUCCCAAAGAACCAGAGAUGAAGGAGACGGAAAAUAAAACCAACGAUAAGGAGAGCUGCGAUGGGCACGAUUCAACCCGCAAGACAGCGAGGCCUCAGACGACGGGGGCGACGCUCCUCGGGGACUCCCAGUUCACCUCUGUGGCCCCGUCCAGCUUACGAGAGCAGUGUGCGGAGUCGAGUGUCGGCGUGGCCGUGGAGUACAUGCGCCGGGUGAGGGAGGCGGAGGGCCAGUUACGCAGACAGGCGGGGCAAGUGACCGAGGAGGGCACCAGGCUGGAGAGAGAGAGGAGCCACCUGGAGAAAAUGCUGUGGAGCCUGAGGAACGACCUGCAGGUCAACAGGAGGAGCACCGAAGAGAGGAGCAGGAGACCCUCCACCACGGAGACGGAGAGAGACGGCGUCGAUGACCUGCUGGUGUGCGAGCGGCGAGAGCUGGUCAAGUUGAAACAGGAGCUGGAGGGGAUGCUGAGAGACACAAUAAACCAGCAACAGGUCCUGGGUUUGUGCAGCAGACGGCUGUUGGAUUGUGCCGCCGAGAGAUCUUGUGUUCUGGAUCUGAUGCCACACCACGGCUCUCUGUCCACAGGAGGACAUACGUCCACCUCUCAGACCUUCACCAAAGCCGACCCCGUCAGCCCCUUCACACCAGGGUAUAAGCAGGCCCUGGAGUCCUCCACUCAGGCCCUGAGCCAGUCACAGCUGCUGAGGGAGAAAAUCAGACAGACGAUAACCAGCGCCAUCGCCAGGCAAAGAGCUGCACAGCACACGGUCAACCACGGCCUGCUUAAGAAAAUUGCAGAGACGGUCGCUGUGAAGCAACAACUUACGCUGAUGUCUGUGGCAACCAGGCAGGCCAUCUAUCGCAAACAGAGGGAAAUCAACCGUAUUCGCCACAACCACGACCGAUCCCGGGGACCAGAGUCCAGCAGUGACCUGUUGUCCAGAGAAAAACUGAACAGACCUCUAGUAAAGGUCUACCAGAGACACCCUGGGACACAGCUAGCGGAGGCUGCUCAGCUCAAGCAGGGCACCGCAGUGCUGAAACGCUGCCUGACGUCAUCGGAAGACGAGAUGGCCAGCUUACAGGACACCUUCCGACAGCUGAACAACAACCUGCAGAAAAAGACGGCGGCCACUCAGGUGGACUCGUUGGUGGUUCGCAUGAGGCGCCGGCUUUUGGACAGGCGAGCCACGCCUACAGCUCUCCAGCAGGGGGCAUGCUGA